AUGUCGGCAGCUGAGGAGCAAAGGCCCAACGGGCACCCACCCACCGAUGGCCCAUCAGAUGGACCCGGCAUCUCUAAUGCGACUUCAUCUCUCGAGACCAGCAACGAGCCUCACGUCGCGACUGCUCCUCAGCAACAGCUGAACGGACACGCGCCUAACGGAUAUGCUCCCAACGGCGCUGCGGGAGAUGGCUCGACAACCAACGGUCAUCUACCCAACGGCACGUCGGCUGCCCAGGACGUCAACGGCCAUGCAGCCAACGGUACUGCUCUGAAUGGUCAAUCGCCAGAAGGCGCGGGAGCAACAAGUGGCCAAGCCUUUGAUGGCGGCGACUUGUCAGCAAAUGGUGGGCCAUCAACUCAAGGGGGCGACUCGUCGCGGCAACAAGAGCAGAAGGAGGCGGCUCUCGAAGACAGAAUAGAGAGCAAGCAGAACCCCAAUGCUGACGGUCACAAGCCCCCGAACGAGAAGCCGCACCAUCACUCCAGCGAUCUUAAAGGCUUGUAUGCUGAAGGGAAGGAGAAGGUGAAGGACAAGACCAAGCCUUCCGGCGGCUUCGACACCACUCCCCUCCCCGACGCUCCUCCCGGUUACACGGUGCGCUUCAUCUUCCACAGGGCGAGUAACCUACCCGCCGCAGACCUCGGUACUAGGUCUUCGGAUCCGUACAUCCACGUCACGCUCAAAGCGGCCGUUCCUAAGCGGCACAAAGAAGACCCGGACUUGACUCACCGGACGAAAACGAUGAGGAGGACUACCGAGCCGGUGUGGGACGAUGAGUGGAUUGUCGCCAACAUUCCCUCCGACGGCUUCAUCCUGAAGUGCCGCCUCUGGGACGAGGACUACCCCGAUCACGACGACCGCCUGGGCAAUGUGACCGUCAAGGUGCCCUUUGUUGACGAGACAUGGAAAGGUUUCCCGCCGCCAGGUCAAGAGUUUACCGCCAAGAAGCGCAUGGGAAGCAAGCGGGCCUACUUCUUCAAGGCCAUUACUAGCCACUUCGACCCGACCGUCGACAUGUCGCCGAGACUGUGGAUCAGUAUGGAGGUCUUGGGCAGGUCGAACCCCCCGCACGCUCAGAUGUACACGGUCGGCCCGACGACAUAUUUCAAACACUUCAGCCCCAUGAUCGGGCGCCUCACCGGUAUUAAGGUCAACAGGGAUGAGAACGACGAUGCCCGAUCCGACCAACUCUUCGAUGAGCACGACAAAAAAGACAACAAGAAGACUACGAAAUAUGACUUCCAAUCUAAUGAAAUGCAGCUGUCGGGCCCGGUGCCCCCAGAACUGUACCACCGCUACGUCGAAUUCAGGCCCAUCAUCGGCCUGAUGUUCGCCCAGAGCGGCUUGAGAGGCAAGAUUCUCAAUAAGGCACUCCACAAGCAGCACAGCCGAGUGUACAACUUCGACAGCUCGACUGAGUACGGCGUCUUCAAAGCACGUUCCGAGGAGGCUUCGCUGCAGUUCCUCAAGAUGGUGCACUUCGACGAAGGCGGCCGCGUCUUCACAUACGUUCUUACCCUGGAUGGCAUGUUCCGCUUCACAGAAACAGGAAAGGAGUUCAGCAUCGACAUGUUGAGUAAACACACCAUGCACAGCGACGUCGAGACGUACAUCGCGUGCUCGGGAGAGUUCUUCGUCCGCCGGCUCGAAAAGCCGGAUGCGUCCGAGGAUCUCGAGCCCAAAGAGAAGACGCACCCCUCGGACGAACUCCCCGACGGUCCUCCCAAUGGCCACCCUCCCCACAACCCGGCGCACUACCAACUCACCAUCGACAACGACUCCGGAACCUACCGCCCCGACAAGUCCAUCCUGCCUAAACUAAAAGAAUUCCUCGAGGCCAACUUCCCGGGAAUGGGUAUCGUGGUCAUGCACUGCGAGGACGAGAAGCUGCAGAAGCUCAAGCAGGAGCAGGUGCAGAUCAAGAAGAAGGAGGGCAGGAUGGUCAACAUGGUCCUCGCCCGCAGCCCCAGCUCGAGCUCUCUUAGCUCUACCGAGAGCGCGCUGCAGGCGAUGGAGGACGCGGGCGAGGAGGGGGCGCCGCACAAGAGCACCACCCAGAAGGCGCUGGACGCGUUGGAGGACCCGAAGAGCAUAAAGAAGAUGCUGAAACCCGAUCACGGACACGGACACGGACACGGCGGCGAGAGCUCCGUCACGCCUCCCGUCGCCGCGGCACCACCGACAGCGGUUACGCCGGCUACGGCCGCCGCAAAGUAA